AUGAACAGGGUGUCACCUCGCGCUCGUCAUCUAGUCGUUUAUCAAUAUUGGUAUUCAUUAAUUAUUAUUCCCUCCAUCCCUUCAUCAGCCAAACCCAGGAACGCUGCCUCCGGGGUAACAGUGAUAGCCUCCACUGUCGCCGCGGGAGCCCAGCCAGUUGUCGUGGCCCGCUGUGAGUCGACCGACGGUCGCCCUGCUGCCCAGAUCGCAUGGGUGACGGCUGUCAACGGCAACGCUACCUCCGCCUCUACGGCGGGCGCUGACAACACCGUGACGAUAACUAGCCAGUACAUGCUGGUUCCCACAGCAGCAGACAACGGCAAAGACAUCAGCUGUUUGGUGUCCCAUAGGACCCAGGCCAAGCCUGAGAGCUUCCUGAUGAAACUGGCCGUCGAGUACCCCCCACAGGUGACCAUCGUGGGCUAUGAUAAUAACUGGUACGUGGGUCGGACCAACGUGGCUCUGACCUGUCAGGCUACUGCCAACCCCAUCCCUACCACCAUCACAUGGAAAACUAUGUCCGGUCAGAUGCCAGACACAGUGCAGGUAAAAGAAAACGUUUUGACCGUGCUGAAGGUGGACGAGCAGACCAACACAACCUUCGUCUGUGAGGUCAAGAACCGCCUGGGCACCGGCAAGGACCAGGUCACUGUUAUGGUCCGAGAACCCUCUGUGGUCCCCUCCAACACGGCUGUGGUGGCAGGUGCUGUGAUUGGCUCCCUUCUGGCCCUCCUCCUCGUCGCCGCCCUUAUUGCCGUCCUGGUCACCCGGAGCCGCCGGCAACAGCAGGGUUACCGUGGCAACCCAAACCACAGCUCCUACGACACAAAGUCGCGUCUCUUCGGCGCCGGCAAGAAGGGGAGCAAGAACGGGACGGGUGCUGGCGCCGGGGGCAACGGGGCGGGCGGCAACAACAACAGCCCCAUCUACGUCUACAAGGAGGGCUCCGCCCAUGAUGGCCUGACUGACAAGGCCAAUCAACACGUGCCACUGCACCUGGGGGGGCGUGGUGAGGGGGCGGUUGCCACGGCGCCCACGGCACAGGACAUCCUGCUGAGUGGCGAGCUGGACGAGGCAGAGCGAAGGAAGUUUGACCAGCUGGAGGACGACGAGGAGAGUUACGACAACUUUGGAGGGGGCGGGCCCAUCCUGCAGCUCCGCCCACCACAUGACCAGGACGGAAUCAUGAGCGGUUACCUUGACGACGACAUGGAGUCUCAGCGCGACGGGUCGGUCAUCUCACGGACUGCCGUGUACGUGUAGAGAGAACGGGCAGAGGAAGAGGAGGAGGAAGGGAAAGCGACCACAAAUGCAGCCCAUAGAGAGAGCAAGAUGAAGUGGCUGAGGGAGGGAAUGUACAGAAACAAGAUGAACUGAAUGAAGUGGCUGAGGGAGGGAAUGUACAGAAACAAGAUGAACUGAAUGAAGUGGCGAGAGGGAAUGUACAGAAACAAGAUGAACUGAAUGAAGUGGCUGAGGGAGGGAAUGU